AUGUUUCAGCUGCCCAUCUUAAAUUUCAGCCCCCAGCAGGUCGCCGGGGUCUGCGAGACUCUGGAGGAGAGCGGGGACGUCGAGCGCCUCGGCCGCUUCCUCUGGUCUCUGCCCGUAGCGCCAGCGGCCUGCGAGGUCCUCAACAAGAACGAGUCGGUGCUGAGGGCCCGGGCCGUCGUCGCCUUUCACACCGGCAAUUUCCGUGAACUCUACCACAUCCUGGAGAACCACAAGUUCACCAAAGAGUCGCACACGAAGCUGCAGGCGCUGUGGCUCGAAGCGCACUACCAGGAGGCUGAGAAGCUGCGGGGACGCCCGCUGGGGCCGGUGGACAAAUACAGGGUGCGGAAGAAGUUCCCCUUACCCAGAACCAUCUGGGAUGGAGAGCAGAAAACCCACUGCUUCAAGGAGAGAACCCGGCACUUGUUAAGAGAAUGGUAUUUGCAGGAUCCCUACCCGAAUCCCAGUAAAAAGAGGGAGCUUGCACAGGCUACUGGACUUACACCCACACAAGUAGGAAACUGGUUCAAAAAUCGCAGACAAAGAGACAGAGCGGCGGCUGCGAAGAAUAGGCUCCAGCAGCAGGUCCUGUCCGGCGGCUCGGUUCGCUCCCUGGCGGACGAGGACGGCACCGUGGACCGCCUGGGGAACUCGUCCAGUCCGGAGGCCAGUCUGUCCAGCAAAGCAGCCGCCUCAGCCAUCUCCAUCACCUCCAGCGACAGUGAAUGUGACAUCUGACGGGCAGAUCGAGGGUGUUGAUGAAUUAAAGGGGGAUACGAGUGAAAGACAAUCUAAUAAAACAAGUCAUAGUGCCUGCGUUGAGUUAAAAAAAAAAUACAAAAACAAACAUACACACACACAUACACACAUGCUCACACACAGACUGAUACUGACUGAUAUUUGACGGCUGCCAAAACAUGAGGGGAUGUGAUCUGACUGCCCGUCCUUAUCCUUUUAGGCCUAUAGCCUACUUUUGUUUGCGUUUUACCCACGUGUGGAUAACUGAACUUAAUACGGACGAAACAUAUUUCACGGACUAAUAAACCAACGCCCCGAGAUGAAACGUUGAAAAAGAAGAAAAAGAAAACAAAAGAAAAAAAAGAAAAAAAAGGAAAAAGGAUGAAGGCAUCCGAGCGCCUAACCUGUUGUUCUCUGUGGGUAUUUCAUGUUGAAAAAGAACUGUGAUAUUUUUACUUUACUUUCAAAGUUUUAUAAAUAAUGUUUAUUUGCCUAUUUAAAACGAUCUGCUCUGUCUCUUCGAAUUUCAUAUUCAUUUGCUUGGUGUUUUUAAUACUUACCUUGUACACAGGUGAACCUGUUGAG